AAGGCAUUUCCUGUCGUCCAGACUCCCAUAAUAAACAGCUGCACGGCAGCGGUUAUGGCACGCUUUGGACCGCUAUUUUCUCUCUCCACCACCUCUAUCAUCAUCCACCAUCUCUUAAAGAUGAAAGUGUGCCCGGUCAACUUCAAACUUACAGCAGCAUUGCGUUCGGAAAGCAGUGCUUCGUGCGCCCUUUACUAACAUCAGUCCGAGAGACGUCAUAAGGAGUGAACGGUACUUUGUUUCGGGACGUACGCGAGCUGCGGCGCGUUGCUUUCCGUUUUUUGAUUGACGGUUGCCACGGUGAUCAUAACCCAUCGUGCCCGAACAGAUCUGUUAUUAUUUGUACUCGUGAUUUGAGGAUAUGAAGUCGUAGGGAUAUAUCCACAAAGCCUGCCACGUUUCUGUCUUCGAGGGGCGAAGUUGCGACUGCAACACAGAGGUGGGCAGACUGGCUGACGCAAUGAAAGAGGAGAACUUGUUCCGCAGACGGUUCUCACUAUGUCCCACAGCAACGUCCCCUCCCAAGAUCGACCCGCGCGCGCUGUCCCGCAACCUGUCCUACGGUGGAGACAAUGAGCUGUACCCGCUGAGCCCAGGUAAUGAAACGGAGAGGAACGGUUUGGCCAUAAUGAAGGAUGAGGUCAGCCCCGCCCGAUCGCCCAGUAGUGUGUCGGACUCCAAAGUGUUUAUUGGUUUGGAGAAAGAGUCUUCCUCGCCCACAGAGAAGCUGGCAAGAAAAGAAUCGCUAAAGGUUCAGAAAAUGAAUUAUCGUCAGGAAAAGAAGAGGGUUGCAAAAGAUAUAUUCAGUGCUCUUAAGGACCCGAGUGUGGUUAUCAUGUCCAACUGGCUAAAGAUCCGCGGGUCGUUGAAGAGCUGGACCAAACUGUGGUGCAUACUGAGGCCAGGCAUCCUUCUCAUAUAUAAAACUCCCGAUUCGGAGCACUGGGUGGGAACGAUCCUUCUGAACGCCUGCAAACUUAUCGAAAGACCCUCAAAGAAAGACGGCUUCUGCUUUAAAGUCUACCACCCUAUGGAGAAGUCCAUCUGGGCCAUGAAGGGUCCUAAAGGAGAGAACGUGGGAUCCAUCACACAACCCCUGCCUAGUAGUUACCUUAUCUUCAGGGCAGCAUCUGAGUCUGAUGGGCGCUGUUGGAUGGACGCUCUUGAAUUGGCCCUCAGUUGCUCCAGCCUGUCCAAGAAGACGGCAAAGAGCUGCAGGGAAGAUCUCAGCAGCUCCUCCGAGUCUUCACAUAUACUACAUCUGCUACAGUCCACCGCUCUCACAGACCAGGAUCUGUUACAAUUGAAUGACUCCUUGUUGGACAACAACCACAUGGAGAACGACGCGAACUCCGACAAAUCAGAAAGGGAGGCGCACGAAGAUUCUGACAAUCCAGCCAAUGAGAACGGAGGCAGACUGACAGAGGAGAGUGAUGCGGACCAAUCAGAUGAUGUGUUUGUUGAGGCAACCGCUUUUGUUGAAGAACCUCUUGAGGAGAUGGGAGAGGCUGGUGAAGCAUCACAGGUCGAGACCGUGUCAGAGGAGAAUAAGGGCUUGAUCUGGAUGCUACUGAAGCAGCUGAGGCCGGGGAUGGACCUUUCUAAAGUGGUCCUGCCAACUUUUAUCUUAGAGCCGCGUUCCUUUCUGGACAAGCUGUCGGAUUACUACUAUCAUGCUGACAUUUUAUCACAGGCGGUUUUGGAGGAUAACCCAUACUGUAGGAUGAAGCAGGUCUUGUGCUGGUAUUUAUCAGGCUUCUACAAGAAACCAAAGGGUCUGAAGAAACCAUACAACCCCAUUCUCGGAGAGAUGUUUCGAUGUUCUUGGCUACAUCCACAAACAAACAGCUGUACUUUUUACAUUGCGGAGCAGGUUUCUCAUCAUCCACCUGUUUCAGCUUUCUACAUUAGCAAUAAGAAGGACGGAUUCUGCAUCAGCGGAAGCAUUCUGGCCAAAUCCAAAUUUUACGGUAACUCGUUGUCUGCCAUUCUGGAUGGAAAAGCAAGACUGAUGUUUCUGACCCGUGAUGAAGAAUAUAUUAUAACAAUGCCGUACGCUCACUGUAAAGGUAUCCUUUAUGGAACAAUGACGCUGGAGCUCGGUGGAAAAAUCACCAUUGAGUGUGAAAAAACGCAAUAUUAUACAGAGCUUGAAUUUAAACUGAAGCCUUUUCUUGGCGGCUCUUGCAACGUCAACCAGAUUUCUGGAAAGAUUUGUCUGGGGGAAGAUGUUCUGGCUAUGGUGGAUGGGCACUGGGAUGGUAAAGUGCACAUGACUGAGAAAAAGACUGGCCAGCAGGAGGUGCUGUGGAACCCCAGUCUAGAUGUGAGGAAGCAUCGGCUCAAGAGACAAGUAGUUCGAAUGGACCAGCAGGAGGCGUUUGAGUCUGAGAGGCUUUGGCGUCACGUGACCAAAGCGAUUAAUGAUAAAGACCAAAACAAAGCCACCCAGGAGAAAUUUGUGCUGGAAGAAGCCCAGCGGCAGGAAGUGAGAGAGCGUGGCGAGCGACCCUGGUGCCCACGACUUUUCACACUCAACACUGACACCAAUGAAUGGCACUACAAAUAUGCUGACUCUAAGCCGUGGGAUCCGGACCUCUGUCUUGUUCAGUUUGAAAAGGAUGGCAUCAUCCAGACAAAAGAGAAAUCACAACGCCAACGAAAUGGUUUCUCAUACAGCCAGAACUGGCCUGGCCAGCAGAAGGUGCGGGUGAAUGGAAAACACCGGAAGUCAAGCAGCCAGCCGUCCAGCUGUAGUCAGAACACAGAGAGCAGCAGUACAACACCAGAACCCAGCCAUGAGUCAUCGGACAAUGAAGGAUUUAUGAACCAAUGCACCAGAUGCACUAAAGAAGUGAAGGAUAUCGCCCUUAUCGAAGCCUCUGUGGCAGCUAUACAGAAAACACAGCAGGACAUACAGAGAAACCUGAGCGCGUUGGGCCGUCAGAUAGCGCGGCACAAGACGGCGGACGAGAGCAAGGCUCUGAACGCUCGCCACUGUCUCAUCAUCUGCAUGCUGUUGCUCUUCCAGCUACUCAUCAACUACGUCUUCACUUGAGAUGCUGUCACCUAGCGACCAUUGCCUAGCAAUAAGCAGCCAAAUGAUUGCAUCACACAACCACCGAAUGCCCCACCAUGAUGUCACACCAUCGAGCACUAAAGCACUUCAAUAAAGGAGAAAGAGACUCUUGUUUUAACGCAUAUUGAAAACGGAUAAUCAUUUCGGAGUGUCGCCACUCUUGUUCACGUCACUGUCCCACACAAUUCACUUCCACGAUAUCAUUUCUACCAUAGUUAAAUAAUGCGCGUGUUUGUGUGUUUGUUAUUCUCGAACCUCUUCCAUUAGGAUACCGGCCUUAAUACUAACGCCAAAAAGUGGAAAAAGUAAAUCGAUGUCCGCCAGUGCAAUUCUUUACGCUUUUUCGCCACGACAUUCGUUCGUUAUUAUUUUACACAACAGUGUUCCUGCGUAGUUCUUUACGAAGAAGAGUAAAUGUUUACAAACGUGAUCGUACACUACACAAUGAAUAAAAACACAGAGGAUGCGUAGUGUAAACGUAGAUUAUCGCCUGUUUGUAGUGCAACGAUAUUAGAAAGAGCAUCUUUCGUCUUCAUAGCAUCGGAUGAGAAAGUCUUCGUAGAGACAUUUGAGGCCUUCUGAGAUUGGAUGAAGUUGAAAUGAAGUUUGAUAAUGAAGGCGUGACUGAAUGAUCAAAAGUGUGUAUAUAUUUGGAGCGAGAACUGAGAAUGUAUUUAUUGGAUCAUGUUUGUUGAUUUAUAUACGUAUAUAUACAAUCACAAUGUUUUUAAAUGUACCUUUUCUGGGAGCAAGUACAGCCAAGCAUCAAACUGAUUUCUUUUAUGGUUUGUGUCGCGUUUAAAGUUACACAACACCUUAUUGUGCACUAGAGUAAGUACAAUAACAAUUCCAGUGCAGGAUUCAUAUAGGACAUUUGUGCUUGAACAAUGCCUGCAUUUUUUAAUCGUGGAAUGAAAACCGAGACAUUGGUACAUUUCAUUUUACAUUACAUUUUUGUUUUUUAAUACCACUCGUCAAGUAAAUCAAAUGAAUGAGAUGUCAACGGCUCACUGUGUCAAUGAUUGUUGCAAGGCACCACAGUAAAGUUUUACAUUUC